GCAGGCCAUCACCAAGCCGCAAUCCACUAGCGUCGAGCCAUUACAACUGCUGACUAUCAGCUCACACACCUCCGUUCGUAAUAGCAUAGUAGCCACGCUCUACUCGUCUUAGCUCUCGAAGUGCCACUGCAGUCUUCGCCGGCCAGCUCGAUCGCCGCACAAUGGCGUCACAGCAGCAAACCAGGAAGCAGCAGGCCACCAAGGGCCACCAGGAGGCCGACCGAGGCCAGGCGAUGAACCUGGAGGAGAUCGGCAAGUACCGCGCCGAGGCGCAGCAGCGGUCGGCGGACGCCAUCCGCGCCGCCGAGGACCGGUUCCACAAGGCCAACAACCAGCAGGCGCGCGGCGCCGGGGCGCGCGGGACUGUCACCGUGGCCCAGGCGCCCGUCGCCACUGUGGUCCCGUAUCAGGAGAGCGUGAAGCAGGUGGAGACGGAGAGCCACGGCCGCGGUAGCCACGGCUCUGAGCCGCAGCAGUGGCUGGCGGACGCCGCGGCCGAUGCCAGGGAGAGGUGCAACAAGGCCCUGGGGACGAGCCCGGCCGCCGCUCACGAAGGCAAGGCGUCGGCCGCCCACGCGACGGCUGGCGCAGCUCCACACCAGCAAACCAAGAACGAGCAGGAGGGUGGUCAAGUCCACGGCCAUCUAACAAGGCAGGACGAGAUGGGGAAGCACGGCAGCGAGGCGCAGAAGAACUCGACCGCGGAGGCCGCACGUGCCGCGGUGGAGAAGCACGACGGAGGCAGGGAGACCGGUGCGGCCGCGGGACAGGGCGUGAAGGACACGGCGGCGAAGCACGACAAGUACGGGGAGACCGGCGCGACCGCGGGACGAAAGAGUGUAAAGGACACGGCGUCGCGCGCGGCUGGCGCCACGGCGGACUACGCCUCGGCCAAGGGCGCCGAUGCCAAGGAUACCGGCGCGAGCGGCGCGCAGGCCGCGGAGGAGAAGACCCAGGAGGCCACGGGGAAAGCGGCCGACUACACCAAGCAGGCGGCCGCGAAGGUGAAGGAUCUCACUGCCGGUGCGGCCGGGACGACCAUGGAGUACGCGAAGCAGGCGGCUGUGAAGGCCAAGGACGUGACGCUGGCCACCGGGGAGACGGCAGCAGAGUACGCUAAGCAGGCGGCGGUGAAAGGCAAGGACGUGACGCUGAGCACCGGUGAGACGGCCGCGGAGUACGCCAAGGCCGCGGCCGAGAAGGCGAAGGAGGCAGCGGUGGCAACGGGAAAGACGACGGCCGGGUACACGCAGCAGGCAGCCGUGAAGGCCAAGGACGCGACGGUCUCCACGGGCGCGCAGGUGGCGCAGAAGGCCACGGAGGUGACGGCCGACACCGCGCGCAAGGUGGCGGAGUACGCCAAGGAGAAGGCGGAGCAAGGCAAGGAGCGCGCGGCCCGCGCCGCCGACGAGGUGGAGGAGCCAGGGAGUGGCGCAACCGCGCAGGCCAAGGAACCGGCGUCCCAGACGGCGGACAAUAAGGCUCGCGACAUCACCGGACAGCACAAGGACACCACCGGCGACAUGGCGCGUAAGGCCGCGGACACGGCCGUACAGGCCAAGGACAAGGUGAGGGACACGGCCGUAUCCAUGGUUCAGAAGGCGGGCGAUACCGCCGUACGUGCCAAGGACACGGCGUGGGAUGCGGCCGGCGGCAUGGCGCAGAGGUCGAGAGACACCGGUGCCCAGGCCGGUGACAAGGCGGAGGACGUCACUUGGCGCGCUGAGCAGGAGGCAGGGGAGUUGAAAGAGAGAGCGUCAGGGACCGUCAAGACCGGCGGUGGCGCUUCGACGACGAAGGCGAAGGGUGGCGGCGACGAGAACACGACGGUAGUGGGCGACGUCCUGGAGGCGGUGGGCGCGACGGUGGUUGGGCUCGCGAAGCACACCAAGGGGAUCGUGGCCGGCGAGGAGGAGCUCGUCCCAGUCGGAGGUGAGAAAGGGAAGUCACCGGAGGAGAAGACCAAGCUCGCGUGAUGGAGUGCUUCUUUGGGUGGUUGGCGGGGAAGUCUCUGGGUUCAGUCGCCUGUAUGGGUUCCGCCCUGUACCGCUUUUAAGACACGUCCAUCUGUGUAUAGUAUAGUAGAAUAAUGUUGUCGGUCGGUGUGUGUGUCCGUCCGGUGCGGCCGUGCGGGGCCGGUGUGAACUGCGAUCUCGUACGAGUGCAGCUAUCCAUAAUAUAGUGUGUUUAUAACGUAUGGCUUGA